UUGGCAUCCUAAUUUAAGAAUGCAGUUGGGAUUACGAAGAAAUACAAUCAUCUCUCAAAUAACACACAUAAAUAUAUAUAAAUAGCAUUUCUAAAAAAUUUGAGGCCCUACAAAUAUGGAGGCCCUAGGCACUUGCCUAGGGUAACUCCCCCUAUCACCGGCUUUGAGGCCGCGCAUUGUGUCAAUCGUCAUCUGACCUACCUGUUCGAGCGCCGCGCAACUCUCCUCGUCCCGCGCUUUUAGCAAAUCCACCGCUAGCGGUCAUCUUCAUUGCUGUCAUGCCCUUGCUACCCAAACUCAUUCUUUCUCCCAAAAAAGAGAACCAAUCGGAUCGCCUAUUGCCUGGGAUCAAAACGAAAGGAAGCGCCGUAGCAGACCAAUGUUCGAAAGCAACUGAGCGUUAAUCCUAACGAUGUAAACAGAACAGAACACACAGAUCGAACAAAACGGCCGGAACUCACGAUCGGAAUUGAUCGCCACUCGAGAAAGAGGCUCUAACGGCUAGGAAGUCCUAGAGAGAGACCGAGCGUUAUACCAUUGCGAACACUUCACCAGAUUUGUUUUUUUUUUUUUUCUGUUUUUGCAAAUACUUCACCAUUAAAAAUGGUAAGUCACGUAUGCUACAAAAAAUACAACAAAUAUAGCAUGAUGCUGGGCCACGCCGCGGGCCAUAAACUUCAGGACGUGGACUAGGGUCAAAGGGGAAUAAUUGCUGCAACCGAUAUAAUAAUCCAAACCGCUUGUCGUUCAACACUUUUAGGGUUCCAGCGUCAUCUCUUAGAGAGAGGCUGCUACUUCAGUACGUCCGACUGAGAGCUGGGUGCAACUUUGGAGAGAAGAUCGUCGGAGGUUACAUCGACUUGAGAAGAGACUGAGGCCCGUUGAUCAACCAGAAAAGCGUUGCUAAAAAGAUCUAAGCGAAGAAAAACUUGAAGAAUAUAAUGUUUUCUCUAUCUGAUGUUCCUUCAACAACUGCAAUUUUAUCAACAUACACUUCUUUCACUGCUUCAGCUUACCUGAUCAGAACAAUUCUCAGUGAGUUCAAAUCAUUGGCCAACCAGCUCUUACCUGUAGACCUCCUGGAAAAGAUACUUUCAAAAUUGGGGGUCCUAAUCUGGAACUUCUCCUCCCAAACAACUCUCGUCAUUGAUGAACAGAACAGCUAUACCGCAAAUGAAAUCUUCGAAGCCGCUGAAAUUUAUCUCCAAACGAAGCUGAAGCCCGCGGAAGGACGGCUCAAAAUCUCAAAGGCGCCCACCGACAAAAGCAUCUCGUUCAUCAUUAGCACAGAUGAGAAGAUUGUCGACUCGUUUGGUGGCGUGGAAUUAGUCUGGGAAUUGAGAGUCACUUCCAGUUCUUCCUCAGACAGUAGUACGGAAAAGAGAUCGUUUGAACUCUCCUUCGACAAGAAAUUCAGUGAAAUUGUUAUCAGCAAAUAUAUACCGUUCGUUCUGGAAAGAGCGAAGGCCAUAGAAGAAGAAAACCAGUGCGUAACGCUGAAGGCGAUAGGCCAUUACAGCAACGAGAUUAAUCUGGAGCAUCCGUCCACUUUUGAGACCCUAGCGAUGGAUCCUGAACUGAAGAAGGAAAUUAUCGAAGAUUUGGAUAGAUUUGUUAGGCGGAGAGAUUAUUACAGGAGAGUUGGGAAGGCGUGGAAGAGAGGGUACUUAUUGUAUGGACCUCCCGGAACGGGGAAGUCGAGUCUGAUAGCAGCCAUGGCCAAUUAUCUGAAAUUCAGCAUCUAUGAACUGGAUCUCUCUAGCUUACGGAGCAACUCAAGUCUCCAAAAGCUGCUUCCCACUACUAAAAACAGAUCCAUCCUUGUGGUUGAGGAUAUUGAUUGCAGCAUUGAUUUGCAGAACAGAAAUAAUGGAGAUUACAGCAACCAGAAUAAUAAUCAGGUAACGCUAUCUGGUUUAUUGAACUUCAUUGAUGGAUUAUGGUCAUGUUGUGGGGAUGAAAGGAUCAUUGUGUUGACAACUAACUACAAGGACAGGUUAGACCCAGCACUACUUAGGCCAGGAAGAAUGGACAUGCACAUCCUCAUGUCAUAUUGCACACCAGCUGGGUUUCGGGUUCUUGCGUCGAACUACCAUGGCCUGAAAGAUCACCCCAAGUUCACAGAGAUCGACAAACUCCUAACGGAGGUGAAUGUGACACCUGCCGAGAUUGCAGAAGAGCUGAUGAAGUGUGAUCAGGCAGAUGUUGCCCUGGAUGGACUCAUUAUGCUUUUGAAAAAGAAAGAAAGUGCAUGUGAUGAUUUGAAGGUGGGAGGAGAUAUUGUUACCGAUAAUCAGUCUGAUAUAUUGGUAGAGAAUAGAGCGGUGGCAGAUGAAGAGGGAUGAAUGGAAGGAAGUAAAAGUGGGUUUGUAGUGUAGCACCCCAACAAUUCGGAGUCGAUAUUGAUUAGCAUUUAGCUUGAUUUUAUUAUAUUUAUUUGAUUUGUUCUCAUGUAAUCCUAGAAUGCAGUUUCUCUCAAGAUUAUUCUAUUCCUAAAAAUAUUGCUGGGAUUAAUUGUUCUAGAACAUAAUCUCUCCAACUCAGGUUCAUUCCUUCAUUUUAAAGCCCCAUGAGGUGAUGACAUAAAAACUGAAA